GCGCCGCGCGGAAGGAGCGGAGUGUGUUCGCUGUCUGUUCCCAGGAAACUACUCUUUGUAUCAUUAUGGCCUCAGAUGACAUUGCACAGCUAGCUGAUGCUCUCUCCAAGACCCAUGUCGGGGAUGGAGAGUUGAGCUAUAAAGGCCUGGGACUGAAACUGGACAACGCAGAAUCAGUGGAGGAGUUGGUCCGUGAGAUAGAGCAGUACCAGGGUCUGAGAGCGUUGCGUCUGGAAGGGAACACUGUUGGCGUGGAGGCAGCCCAAGCCAUUGCCAAGGCUUUGGAGAGCAAAGACCUGCUCCAGAGAUGCUAUUGGAGCGACAUGUUUACGGGGAGGCUGCGCUCUGAAAUCCCAACAGCUCUGAGAUCCCUGGGCAGCGCAUUGAUGAGUGCUGGGGCCAGGCUGACUGAGUUAGACCUGAGUGAUAACGCCUUUGGGCCGGACGGUGUGAAGGGAAUUGAGCAGCUGCUGAAGAGCCCUUCCUGCCACACCUUGAGGGAGCUCAGGCUCAACAACUGUGGCAUGGGGAUCGGCGGAGGAAAGAUCUUGGCCGAAGCUCUGAUUGAGUGUCACAGACAGUCAUCAGCCCACGGAGCUCCACUCAGACUGAGAGUGUUCAUUGCAGGGAGGAACCGCCUGGAAAAUGAAGGAGCCAGUGCCCUGGCCAAGGCCUUUCAGCUGAUUGGCAGCCUGGAGGAAGUCCACAUGCCCCAGAAUGGUAUCAACCAUAAAGGUGUGAUGGCGUUAGCUUCAGCCAUGCGACACAACCCAGAGCUCCGCGUCCUCAACUUCAAUGACAACACUUUCACCAAGAAGGGAACACUGGCCAUGGCACAGGCUCUGAAGCAUCUGAGAAACAUCCAGGUGAUCAACUUUGGCGACUGUCUGGUCCGUUCUGAAGGAGCCAUCGCCCUCGCUGCAGUCUUGAGAGAGGGACUGCCGAUCCUCAAGGAGCUGAAUCUGUCGUUCGGUGAGAUCACGGAGGCAGCUGCGCUAGUGGUGGCUCAGGCUGUCAUGGACAAACCUCACAUGGAGAAAGUGGAUCUGAACGGUAACUGUCUGGGAGAGGAAGGCUGUGAGGCUUUGAGAGAUGCCAUGGAGAGCAUGGAUAAAGGAGACGUGCUGGCAUCACUCAGUGAUGAUGAGGGAGAACCUGAAGAUGAGGAAGACGACGAUGACAAUGAAAACGACGACGACGACAAUGAUGAUGAUGUGAGUGACGACUGUAAUGAAGACAAUGAAGAGGAUGGAGACAUUGUGAAGGAAAAUGGAGUGACAAGAAAAGAAGACAGUCCUGUGAAACUUCAGAGCCCAGCAGAGGUCAUGUCUUUCCUCAGCUGCCCCUCUGUUGAGAAGCUUCUUCAGCUGGGAGAGAUGAGGACAAACCUGUCGCAACAGGUUGAUGCGUCUGACCCAGACAAGGCGGCUGAAGUCCUUCUGAAAAUUGCUUCUUUGUACAGUGAGGAACCAGAGACCAAGACAGCAGUUCUAGAAACUAUUGAUGAUGUGUUCAAAAAGCUCCUCUCUGGUCCCGCCCUCCAGUCAUACUGCUUCCUCUCCACGCUGCUGGUCAUGAUGGGAGUCCUCAAGGGAGAGGGGAAGAUGAAGAAGGUGUUAUUGGUCCCAGGCCAGCUGCUGUGUUUGGAACACGCUGUCCAGCAGGACUACUUCCCCCAGCAUCAUGCCUCGCUGCUUCACACCUUCAUGUCCAAGAAUAGUGAAGCUUUCAAGUCCUGCGGUGCUGCCAGAGAGAGGCUGAGCUCUGCUCUGGAGAUGAGGUGCCACGACUAACGCUGAUCCCACUGAUCAGCCACUGCCAGUACCAACACUGGGACACACACACACACACACACACACACACACA